UAGAUCAGUCAUCUCAGAUCAAUCUGUGUUUAUAGAAGCCACCAACAUGCACUCUAAUUUGGUUUUAUUUCUUUUAAUAAGCGUUUUAUCGUCCAAUAAUGGUCAAAGGACAUGUGAAAUGUCGACAAUUUGCGGGAACGCGGCAUCGAUUAGAUCUCAAAUGAUCGCCGUGCGAGUGGAACAAGAACGGCAUGGCGAGCUUUUGGAGGACUUGUCUCACAAGCUAGAUACCUGCGUCUCUAGGAGCAGUGUGGAGGCCAAGCUCUACGGUAAAAGCUGUGCGGAGCCCUCAGUCUUGACGCAAAAUAGUGAAAUCAUCGUGGUCGUGGUGCCGCAAUACAGUAAGCACCCCUUCGUAGUGGCCUGCGAUCAGCUGAGUCACGGGGGCGGGUGGACAAUCUUUUUGAGGCGCACUGACGGAAGUGAAGAUUUCUAUCGCGACUGGAACGACUAUAAGAAUGGAUUUGGUAGGCUGGAGGGUGAGUUCUUCCUGGGCCUGGAUAAAUUGCACGCCAUAACCUCAGCCCAGCCCCAGGAGCUUCUUGUCUUGCUCGAAGACAACGAAGGGCAACGACGCUACCAAGUAUACGACAACUUCAAGGUAGGAUCGGAGGAAGAGGGUUUUGCUUUGCAGUCGUUGGGCAAUAGCUCUGGGAGUGCCGGCGAUGCUUUGGCAACGCAUCUGGGUCAAAAGUUUACCACAAAGGAUCGGGACAAUGACAAACAUGCCACCGCUAACUGCGCAGUCACGUACAGUAGUGCUUGGUGGUACAACGCCUGUCACCAUAGUAACCUGGCUGGAAAGUAUGGCGAUAACACACAUGGAAAGGGUAUCAACUGGUAUCAAUUUAAGGGGCACACCUAUUCUCUGAAACGGGCUCAAAUGAUGAUAAGACCGAAAAGGCUGUGCCAUUAACUUUUAAAUAAAAUAAACGAUCACUGUGGACGGUAGUCCCCGAGGUGACGAACUGCAUUCCUUGGCGUGCGUAAACUAGAGACAGCCAAUAAACUUUCCUACUAAA